AUGACCUUCCGGGUACUGGUUGUGUUCGGUGUCCUUUAUACAGCGCAAUGCACGGCCCACUCGUUCCCACCGAGUUUUAAAUUUGGCGCCGCAACAUCAGCCUAUCAAAUUGAAGGGGCUUGGAAUGUUUCUGGUAAAGGGCUUAACAUAUGGGACACAUUUACACACGACUCAAGAAAUUCAGUAGUCGAUAGAAGCAGUGGGGACAUUGCCUGUGACUCCUACCACUUGUGGCGGAAAGAUGUGGACUUGGCUACGGAACUGGGACUCCAAUUUUAUCGAUUCUCCAUAUCAUGGUCCAGGCUCCUUCCAACGCCGUUCAGAAAUGAGAUCGAUGAAGAUGGAGCAGCAUAUUACAAUAACUUGAUAAAUGAAUUGUUGAAACGUAACAUAGAACCCGUUAUUACUCUAUACCAUUAUGACCUUCCACAGGCCCUUCAAGAUUUUGGUGGAUGGUUGAACCCCCUCAUAGCGGAUUGGUUUGCCAGCUACGCCAAGGUUGCUUACUCCCUGUACGCUGACAGGGUAAAGACUUGGCUGACCAUCAACGAGCCGUCUAUACUUUGCGACUACAUUUACAAUACGGGGAAGCUGCCUCCGAUGAUAUAUGAGCCUAUGUUGGCACCAUAUUUAUGCAACAAGAAUGUACUGUUAGCACAUGCAAAGGCUUGGAGGAUAUAUGACGAAGAGUACAAGCCUAUUUAUAAAGGUCGAGUAUCGAUUGCCAAUAACCCAGUGUGGAUAGAACCGGCUUCUCCAGAAUAUGAAAACUUAGCAGAACUCGCCAGGGAAUUUGGGGCCGGUCGAUAUUCCCAUCCAAUUUAUUCACAAAAGGGUGGGUGGCCACCAAGUGUCGAGAGACAUAUGGCAGAGUUAAGCAAAAAACAGGGUUAUCCAGAAUCAAGACUACCUGCAUUUAGCAUUGAAGAAAUUGAACUUAUACGAGGAACUUAUGACUACUACGGACUCAAUCAUUACACCAGUCGCGUCAUUCGCUCAAGACAACCAGGCGAACAAAUUGGACCAUGGAUCUUCUAUGGAUGCCCAGAGUUGGAUGCCGUUUUAGAAACGCCGAAAUCGUGGCCGACUACUGAUGCGGAUGACGUCGUUAUGUAUCCUGAAGGAAUUCGUAGGCAAUUAGAGUGGCUACAUCAGAAGUAUGGGAAUAUAACCUUCCUGAUUACGGAGAACGGCUGCGCAAGUCGUGGUGAUGAUAAUGACGAGGACAGAAUAGCUUUUAUUAAAAGUUAUUUAGAGCAGGUAUCCAUUGCUAUUAAAGAAGGCAUUAACGUAGAAGGUUACACAGUGUGGUCCCUGAUGGAUAACUUUGAAUGGCUCUUUGGUUACAAAACUAAAUACGGGUUAUACAAAGUCGACUUCAAUGAUCCUCAGCGAAGAAGGACACCGCGUGCAUCUGCUCAUUUUUACGCGAACAUAAUCAAAGCCAGAAAUACAGACGUCCCGACCAGUCAAACACCUAAAAGACAAGAAUAUCAUAAUCACUCCAACGCAAGAAGUCUUCAUAUAAAUAUAUUAUUACUCAUUUUAUUCUGGUUAAGUGUUAAAUAA